CCCUGGAUUCUGCACCGUCAUGACUCCUCUCUUUCACUCCUCCAGUCUGAGGAGCCUGAAGCUGAUCGGGAUUAUAGAGGAGAACCAGCGAGCUGCGAUACUGGGAGGACUGGGAGGAAGCUGCUCCUCCAGAUCAACACAGCGCCAUCAUGUGGGGGAAAACGGUCAUCACGCUGAUCAGCAUCCUGGAAGCUGCAGUGGCCUCUCCUUGCUGGCAGGGGGCAACCUUUCCCGAGGCAGUUGUUUCCCCAGCGGUGGAGAGCAGCGGGAUCAUGCGUGUCCCGGGCGUCGCUUCCCUCCAACAGUGUGUGGCGGCGUGUUGCGACCUGCCCGGCUACGACCUGGCCUGGCUCUUUAAGGGCCGCUGCUACGUCCUGAACUGCCAGCAGGGGGCGAACUGCCAGCCCCAGGUGAGGCCCGGGGCCGACUCUGUGCUGGCCUUCCUGCAGAGGUCCCCGCAGUCUCUGCUGCUUCAAUCUCUGGUGAGAGGAGAGCCGUACGGCGGUAGCUGGGGGUCCAACAGGGACCUGGAGCCACUUAGGGGCCUCGCCCUCUUUGAUGGGCCCCGAGCAAGCCAGUCGGACCCUGGGAUGGUGGAUGUGGAGUACACAGAGGGCAGCCAGGAGCUGAGGGACAGACUCGACUUGGAGGUUGAACCGUUCAAUCGAUCCCAGGAAGAGGAUCUCGAAGGCGCAGGGCCCAAGAGCAGCGGGACCCGAACCCCGAUGAUGUCUGAUGGGGCGGUGGGUCAGAGAGAAGAGAACGGAACCCAAGAACCAACCGGCCCGCCUGCUCCACCAAAAACGACAGAAAUGCUGAGAGUUGCAGUUCUUCCAUCAUGGACGCCUGCCGCUGACUCUGCCCCCACAGAUAACGUGACCACGCCCUAUGACAUCAUCAGCACCACAGGGAGUCCAGGUUCUACCGUGGCGCCACCUCUGGAAAACGCCGCUGAUUCAUCUGAACGGACCGGUCCCUCUGAAGCUGCAAACACGCAUACAUCAGACCCGGUGAAGGUUCUCCAGUCUUCACCAGCCAGCAGUGAACCUCUGAUCCAGGAUGUGACCUCUGACCUCUCCGCCUCGCUCCCGGCUACUCUCCCUCCAGCCGUCAGAUCAGAGGCUGCUGCUACCGCAGCAGAACUCCAGCGGUCCAACAAAGCUCCGGUGGCCGUGGUGGGUCCGGACCGGAAACUGGACCUCCCUCUGGGCAGCCUCCUGCUCGACGGCAGCGGCAGCACGGACGACCGGGGCGUCAGCAGCUACACCUGGGAGGUGGUGAGCGGUCCUCCUGGGCUGCAGCUGCAGGAUGCUGAUCGGGCAGUUGCUAUGGUGACGGGUCUCAGAGGAGGUCGCUACACAUUCAGGCUGACGGUGCGGGACGAGGAGGGGGCGACGGACAGCGCCCUGCUGUUGGUGAGGAUUCAGGAAGCCAGGAGUCUCCCUCCGGUCGCUCAUGCCAGCGGCAGCCACGUUCUCACCCUGCCCAACAACUCUCUGGUCCUCCACGGUUCUGUGAGUGACGGAGACGCGGCCGAGGUGCGGUUCCUGUGGACGAGAGACAGCCAGAGUCCCGCUGCCGGGGAGGUUCUGUUCGGCUCAGAGACCAAGCCGUCGCUCUACCUGUCUGACCUGGUGAAAGGAACAUACCUGUUCCAGUUGAAGGUGACGGACGCUCAGGGUCGGUCCAACUCGGCCACCGCCACCGUGGAGGUCCGACCAGAACCUGGUGGCGGCCAGCAGGUGGAGCUGGAGAUGCUGGUGUCCGUGUCUCAGGUGAGCGUGGCUCAGAGGGACACGGUGGUCCGACAGCUCGCCGCACUGAUCCACGUCCUGGACAGAGACAUUCGGGUCCGGGCGCUGCAGGGAAGGACUCAUCUCAGUACGGUGCUGCGGUUCUCCGUGGAGGGCCCCUCGGGGCCCCUCUCUGCCUCCAGCCUGGUGGUUCUGCUGAGGAAGCAGCUGCUCCGCGAAAAGAGCGACUUCCUGCUCUUUAAAGUCCUGAGAGUCGACACUGUCGUCUGUGAGCUGAGCUGUUCGGGGCGGGGCCAGUGUGAUCCAAUCACCAAGCAGUGUUCCUGUGACCCGUUCUGGACGGAGAACCUGAUCCGCCUCUACCUCGGUGAUGGAGAGAGUAACUGUGAAUGGCGAGUCCUGUACGUGAUCCUGAGCAGCUUCCUGAUGAUGGUCCUCAUCCUGUCGCUCAGCUGGACCUUCAUCUGCUGCAGCAGGAGGAGGAAGCAGACCAAGGGGAGGAAGAAAACCCGCUACACCAUCCUGGAUGACAUGGACGAGCAGGAGAAGCUGAAGCUCCGACCCAGAUUCAGUCUGAAGCACCGCAGCACAGAACACAACACCUGCCUGAUGAUGUCAGAGUCCGAGCUGGACAGCGACCAGGACUCAGUCUUCAGCCACCCGGUCCGGAACAGGAACAGGGUCGGAUCCCGGGCCGAUCGGAACGGGAACGCCUUCGGAUGAGGGGGGGGGGGGGGGGGGG